UGCGGGGCGGGGGCGGGGGGGGGGGGGACAGGCGCCGAGGAGGGCGCCCCGGUGAUGGCGGGAACCCCCGCCCCCUCCCAGCUCCCGGUCGGACUCGCGGGGCGCCGCGGCUUCCGAGAACGGGCCCCGGCCGCUGGCUUCUGUUUUGUUUUUCCUUGUUUGUUUGUUUGUUUUACCAGAGCAGCGCCAGCCCCGAGUUCCCCGCAGGCCCGUCUGGCUGGACGUGCCGGUUCCUUCUCCUCCCAGGGGUCCUGGGAAUCCCACCUGCCCUGGGGGCCGGCGCUGCUGGUUCCCCAUCCCGAGUGGGAAUGUGAGGUUCGCGCUCACACUGAGCGUCUGUCUUGUAAAGAGGGAAAUUUGAACAGAACGUCAGGGGCGAGUGGUGCGUGGUAGCGGCACAGGUGCCGGCUGUCACGGACGCUGUGAAGGUGGCAGAACGAGUGCUCAGGUCAGAUGUGACCUUCUACCCUCCACCCAGAGGAAGGCGGUUAGUCACGAAGCUGGGUUUUGAAAGAGCCUUAAAGCGAUUGUGACUAUCAACAUCAACGGUGGCAUGAGUGCCCAGCCCCCGCAGGAAUCAGAUGGUCCAGCGAUCUUUUGACUGCCACACAUGGACUUCCAAAAAUCCCCAAAGGAAACUGUCCUCAUUACCGGAGGAGGUGGCUAUUUUGGUUUCCGCCUGGGCUGUGCUCUGAGCCAGAAAGGAUUCCAUGUGAUUCUGUUUGACAUCAGCAGCCCCGUUCAUUCCAUUCCCGAGGGAAUCAAGUUUAUCCUUGGAGACAUUCGCCACCUCUCUGCCGUGGAGAAAGCCUUCGAGGAUGUGGAUGUCACGUGUGUGUUCCAUGUUGCCUCUUACGGCAUGUCCGGGCGGGAGCAGCUGAAUCGGAGCCUGAUUGAAGAAGUCAACGUUGGGGGCACAGACAACAUCCUCCAGGUCUGCAGGAGGAGAGGGGUACCAAGAUUCGUUUACACCAGCACUUUCAAUGUCGUCUUUGGAGGUCAAGUUAUCAGAAAUGGAGAUGAGUCUCUGCCUUACCUACCUCUUCACCUCCAUCCCGAUCACUACUCUCGGACCAAAUCUAUUGCAGAGAAGAAGGUGCUGGAGGCCAAUGGUACCAGCCUGGUCAGAAGUGAUGGCGUCUUAAGAACCUGUGCUCUGCGGGCGGCUGGCAUCUAUGGGCCUGGAGAACAGAGGCACCUUCCCAGGAUAGUGAGCUACAUCGAGAGGGGUCUGUUCAAGUUUGUGUAUGGGGAUCCUGGGAGCCUGGUUGAAUUUGUCCAUGUGGAUAACUUGGUACAGGCUCAUAUUCUGGCCUCAGAGGCUCUGAAAGCUGGCAAGGGCCACAUUGCCUCUGGGCAGCCCUACUUCAUUUCAGAUGGCAGGCCCGUGAACAACUUCGAGUUCUUCCGGCCUUUGGUUGAGGGCCUAGGCUACCCAUUCCCAUCUGUCCGCCUACCGCUGACCCUCAUCUACUGCUUUGCAUUCCUGACAGAAGUGGUUCACACCAUCUUGGGUCAACUCUACAACUUCCAGCCCUUCCUCACCCGCGCAGAAGUUUACAAAACUGGCAUCACACAUUACUUUAGCCUAGAGAAGGCCAAGAAGGAGCUCGGUUACGAGGCUCAGCCAUUUGACCUCCAGGAAGUAGUAGAAUGGUUUAAAGCCCAUGGUCAUGGCAGAAGUCCUGGGAAUCGUGACUCUGAAUGUCUUCUUUGGAAUUGGCUGAUGGUCUUACUCUUGGCUCUAGCAUUUCUCACAUGGCUGCCUACCUCUGUGGUUCUGUCACUGUGCGGGAACUAGAAGUAAGCUGAUCACACUUGCUGAGGUGGUUUUCAAGAAAUACAGGUUUAAAAUAUCUAUAGAUCUAAAUGUAUCUGUAUAGAUACCUAGGUGGAUAGACACAGAUCUCUGGUAGCAAAUUUUGGCUCUUCUAAUUGCUACUUCAGAAUAGAUUCUUGGAUCAGGUCUUCAUUUCUUACCUUCUUACACUAAUCCUGAUGGGAGAAAAUUAGAAGCAAAGACAAGUUUGAGAUGUAGUUUCUUGUAUCCUCUUUUAGAUGAGUAUGAUAGAAGUGGCAUUGGAGCCUUGGAGGCAGACUGAGGAAAUCUGGAAAUGUCUUGAGUGUCUCUGAGCCAAAAAUGCACUUAUUUCUGUUCCCUAACACUCUGUAUCCACUGAAAAUAGAAUAAAAUGUGCACUGAUGGGGAAUGGCAAAACACUAACAGGCUUGAAAAUGUGUGAAAAACACCAAAUUUGGGUCAGAUCCCUACAGACCAACCCUCUGAGGAGAUGGUGGCUGCUGAGAGGCGUUAGGAUUUAGGAAUUAUUUUUUGCCCUUUAGGAUAUAAAGGUGUUAUACCCGUGUGACCACGUGACAGUGUCUGAUUUUUAAACAGAACUUUGUCUGACCUCAUAGGAUUCUUUUGAGGAUUAAAUUAGACAAGACCUGUAAAGUGCCACUCUACACACACAAGCCAGUGUUUUUAAUAUCGUUGCUAUGCAUUCCAUGUGAGGGUUUUCUUCCUCAGGGGAAUUCUGUUCAGAGGCUGCUGGUGCCACUCACCUUUCCAGAAGGUCUUUGUGGUGAGCCUUCUGAGUCCACAGCAAGCACAUUUGAAUAUACUCAGUAUUUGUAAAGUUUAGGUCUCUAAGCGUACAUUGAAAUUUAGGAAGCAGCUACAAAUGUGAUUAAGGAAGAUGAUGAAGCAGAUGAUGUUUGGAAUUUAAAAAUGAAACAUAACUCUCAACCGAUAGACUGGUUUCUCUUCCUGGAAGGACUUGGGUUGUCGGAAGGCAGCUUCUGGUGAAGGAUGUUUUGAGCAAUGGCGUUGCUGUCUCGCCACUCUUGAGGACUGCUGGGGAAGACAUUCAAGGUGUCCAGGAACCAAAGCGAAAGGAAGACAAAGAACCUUUACCCGUUCCAUGGUUCCAGCUUCAGAAAAGACAGCAUUAAAGCCCGAGGCAGAUGAAUCGUUGCAGAAGGUUACGUUAGAGUCAUGUUGGGAUUAUUUGUAGAAAGAGGAAGCUCGAGGAAUCCUCCCUGGUAAAUGCUGCCUGGGUGUUUGGGGAAAAGUGCUCAACUUGACACCAGAAGACCUGCACCAUGAAUGGAGAUACUGUGUGACCCUAGUCCAGUAUCUGAAGCCUCUUAGUUUCCUCACUCGGUAAAUAGGAAUGACUUGUCUUUGCCUUUUUUACAGACCCACCACCCAGCUCACAGGGUUUGUUGUGAGCACAAAAUAAGAUGUCGUGAAAAUACUUUUAAGAUAUAAAUUACAACAUCACUAUGA